GAUAUCGUUUAUAUUAGAGCCGGGGAAGAUGAUUUAUUUGAAAAAAACGAAAACACAAAUCCGUGUUCGGAGACGAAAAUUGAACAACAGCAGCUGCAGCUGCAGCACAAACUUCUUCAGCUCCACCUUAUUCCAUUUGUGUAGACACUUACUUGAAUUCUGCUGGCAUAGAUGGGUUUCGUUGUGACUCUGAGUUUAUCAACAACAGUGCGAAAUGAGGCCACAAGUUUUAAUGGUUUGUCACCAUAUCAACCCCGUGGUACACUGCCUCAUCUCUCAAUCAGAAAGCCAUCUUGGGUUGUGAGGACUGAGUCGAAUGUUCGGAAGAAAGUAAAAAAGAAGCCGGAUCCACCUUGUGUUGUAUGUGAGGGGAGUGGAAGAGUGGAUUGCCAUCGUUGUCAGGGACGAGGAAGGACGAAUAUGGUACAUUUGGAAAUGCUUCCAAAAGGUGAAUGGCCAAACUGGUGUAGAACUUGUGGCGGAAGUGGUCUUACGUACUGCUCCCGCUGCCUUGGAACCGGAGAAUAUAGGGGCGUUAUGGGCUUCCAUUUUAUGAAAAAGGACAAUAAGGAAUCCCAAUAACACAAGUCUUAAUUUUUGUUUUUUGGGUGAUGAUGUUAUUAGGUUUGAGGUCAUAGAGAAUGUCAUGGUACAGCUGCUUGACUUGUAAUUGCAGAAUAAUUAAUCACAAUUACAUCAUGGAAAAUUUCCUUUACUUAUAUGUUCUAAUUUCCUA